AUGGCACCUCGGUGGGAAUGUGGCCGCCUUGAACCUGACUGGAGCUGGCACCGGGCGCCUGGCGCCAGUCUGGUCGAUUGGUCGACUGGAAUCAGAAGCAGUCAAUUUGAUCUGGACUCAAGUGCUGUCUCAACCGCCCUCUGUUGCGCCCGCUGUGACCGCCCAACCGCCCAGGGCCGAUGGACAUGGAGCUCCUACGGAGUACCUCCAACAUUGAAUGCAUCAUGCCCCUCCAGAUGUCAUGCCAAGCAUCCACCCGCUCGACCAGAGGUCCCAGCCACCUAUGCACAGGCUGCCGUCACCACCACCCAAGGCCACUCCAGGCCACUCAACGACCUCCAGACCGCGCAGGUGCCUCGACUUGACACGCUCCAACGCCAUGCGCCAGUCACACCACUCCUGCUUGACCCUCACCUCGCCUUCAUCGUCUCACCUCGUCCUGGUGUUUGA